ACUCCAACUUUUGGUGGCUGCAGAGCCUAACUUCUAGCCCAAGUCACGAUGACAAUGGCGAGCGCUUUGGUACUACUUGCCUACUCGUGCUUCAUUGCUGUGUGUGCGGCAUUCACCCACGCUGUCGACGACAUCACGCCUUCGUACACUGUACACAAGACAACAGCGCCGCCCACCCUACACAACACAACAGCACCCCCAACCUCUACAAAACCAUGUACAAAAACUACCUCAGAGUAUUACAUGCCAUCGUACUCCCCAGUCGUAAUCAGUGUCACGGAAACAGCAGUACUCACUGUGCUCAUGCAUGUCACUCCCUUUCCAAACGGUACUACAGCCACCCGUUUUGAAACUGUUGGUGACAAGGCCAUGACAACGAGCGACGAGGCGAUGAUGGCUUUGCCAACCAAUGAAUCCCCCACCGAUGGAUUUACAGCCAGCGCAUCUACCACUGAAGAUCAGUAUAGAGUCUCGAAUAGCUCUACGACGUAUACCAAAUAUUCCACGCCAUAUUCCACAUUUACAAAACCAAAUCCAGUGCCGAGUUUGACCACAGAGUCUUGUUCAUUUACAACAACCUUCACCAUUACUUUACAUCCAUACAUUCCUCCAACAUCUGAGAUCGUAACCGCGACAGCAAUCACGGUAUCAACUCUCUUCGACUAUGACUACCUUACUCCGCAUACCCCCAUUGUGAAUCCAACACCAACAGCCACGCCAAACCCAGGUUUGGACUCUCCACCAGGCCCUUCAAAGACCGGUCCACCAUUCAAGCCUGGCCCCACAUCAAAGACUCCGCCAGGUACCACACAAGAUAGCCCGGCCCAACCUGGACCUUCGCCUGCGAACCCACCCGCACACCCUCAGGAGUCCACCAAAGGUCUCCCGGAAGUUAACCCAGUAGACCCGACCUUUUCUAAAGUAGUUGUGAGACCACCCAUCACCGGUGCACCGGGACCCAAACCUACCAAUGACGCCACACAUCCACCGAUUGUCACAUUACCAGGAGCCGGUCCUAUCGUAAUUGACCCGUCACGCUCUGAAAUUGUGAUUAGCGGAACCACGAAUAGAUUCAAUCCAGGCCAACAAACAACUAUCAACAACGUGCCAAUUUCCUUUGACAGCUCCGCCGGAUUUGUGGUGGUUGGUGGUACCAGAACAAUUGGACUGCCGCCAAUGACCCCAGCGCCCAUUGCAGCACCCGUUGUUAUUGGCGGUACGACCGUGGAUAUUGAUGAUCUAGUACCGGGACUGCAGCCUGGUCAAAUAACCACCAUUGGUACCAAUACCAUCUCGCUCGACGAAUCUAGCUCUUUUCUCAUAGUAGAUGGCACGCGUUCUAUCCCGCUAAAUCAGGAAACAUCCAUACCCAGUACUUCCACACUCGAUGUUAACGGAGUACCCAUCCCUGUGGGACAGCUCGCUACAGAGCUAGACGUUGGCGAAACAACCGUCAUCGGAAGCAUAACUGUUUCACGCGAUGAUGUCGGCUUGGUCGUCGGUACUACUACCAUCCCUCUCCCAACGAAAACAGAUGAGAUCGUCGUAGGAGGCACAACGAUAUCCCCCGACGCACUCCCAUCUGGCUUCUCCUUUAUACCAACCGCAUCUGGCGGCGGCCUGCUACUUCCCAACGGCAACACACUAUUGCCAGGUGGAGAGACGACAAUUGAUGGCAUGGAAGUUUCGCUUUUGCCCGGAGAGACACCUGUUGCCGUUAUCGAGGAUUCAAUAUCUAUUACAGCGACCGAGACUCCUGAGAGUACUACUGCAUCAUCCUCUUGCAGUGGCCUAACAUGCGGUCAGCCAACCAGGACGCUGACCAGCCCAACGGGAGACAAUACCGCAGCUUCGUCAGCGGAUGUUUUAUUGAGUGGGAAGUGGUCCGACUUUGUUUUUGCAAGCAUGUUUGUUGGCGUUUUUAUCCACUGGGCUUAAAUGAUGAUUGGGCAUCAUCUUUGGGAUUGAAAGCAUAAUGUUUUGUAUGAUAAUGAUGUUGUUGCAUUUUACCUUCAAUGUUUUUUUUUUCUCACAUGGGAACGAGGAUUUCGCUCUUCAUUGAGCCGAGAAUUAAUUUUAGCCAGGAGAAAAAGCUCUUUUGGAAACCGUAUGCAUUGCAUGGAAAAAAUCAAAUAAAACAAUUUCCAGCGAUAUGAAGCA